AAUAACAUAACCUAUAAAAAUAGCUUGAAAAUAGUAAAGUUUAAAGGUAUUUUGAACAUUAUAUUGUAGAAUUUCCCCAUUAUUUUCAGGUUAUUCCACGUCUAUCAACUUAUAGCAUCUUUUCGUUGCAAUUAAAAUGAAAUCGAAAGAAGUACUUGUUACAGUCGGAACUACAAGGUUUGACAAGCUAAUACAAGUAGUCACUCAAAAAGAAACGUUAAAUAAGCUUCACAAUUUGGGUUAUUCUGUAGUGCAUUUACAGACAGGUUUAGGUACUUACUCAAAAGUCUCCCAUAACUUUGUUAAUAUUAAUUAUUACACUUAUAUUGACGACUUUAUAUCGAAGAUAAGAGAUGUAGACUUAGUUAUCAGCCAUGCAGGAGCUGGUACCUGUCUGGAAGUUCUUAAAGAAGGCAAACCACUUAUAGUUGUUGUAAAUGAAGACUUGAUGGAUAAUCACCAAAUAGAAUUGGCAGAAGAACUACAAAAAGGCACUUAUGUAUAUUUUUGUACAUGUAACAACUUAUUAGUUACUCUAUCUAAAGAUAUAGGACAAUUAAAGAAAUAUCCAAAAUCAAAUCCACAAGUGUUUAGCUCAUACUUAAACAAAUGCAUGGGUUUUACUUAGACAAUAUUAAAACUAAUUUUAUAGUUCAUAUCGUGUAAUUAUUAUUGUUAUAUCUUGUAAAUGUUAUUGUUAGAUUGAGUUUUUCUAUUGAAAUAAAACUCUAAUGGAAA